AUGGCAUAUGGAUUGACUGCAUUCGUAUGCUACUCAUCGGAUUUCAUUGGUGCCCUUUCUCAUGCCGAAGGAGAAGCGGAGACAGAGCACGGACACGGCGGAAGGAGACUUGACCCAGAACAGCCUUUGCACUUGUCCGACUGGACUGGUUCGUGCAUAAGAGGAACUUAUCCUGAAACAGUCGCGGGCUUAGAAGUCGUGCAGCUCUGCGUAGGAGAUGCGAAAGACGACGGCUUGCAGGAGCAGGUGCGCGGUGUUACGAUGAUGCAGUAUGACAUAGAUGUAAAUAAUUUUACUUGCAGUGAGGAUCCUGCCAAGCCACAGGCUAGCCAGGAUGACGUCGGUGCGGAAGUUUUGGCAAGGUCGGAGGAUGAGGAGGACGAAGAGGAGAUGUGCAUGUCUGGCCUACUGUCACAGACAGAUAUUGUGGAGCUAGCAGGGCAGGAGCUCACGAAUCGCGUCAAGCAGUUGGAGGGUGUGGUGACAGUCGCCGUCUUUGCUUACUUGCGCCGUGGUCUGCUGGAUGCCGACAAGCUCACCGUGGCCUCGAUGCUGGCACUGAAGAUCCUGGUGCGGUCUGGAGAUGUGCGUCCGGAGGAGCUGAACAUUCUGAUACGAGCUCCUGUCGAUCCCCUCGCACCUCCCAUGCCCGAUACGACACGCAGCUGGCUCACAGAGCACCAGUGGGCACAGCUGAAGACAUUGGAGCAGAUCAGCGUGUUCAAGACUGGCUCCAACGCCCUGACAAGCACCUUGGAGCAGGACUCUCUUGGCUGGAAGCGCUGGUUCGCGGAGGAGCGUGCCGAGGCUGCCGAUUUGCCUCGAGCCUGCCGCGAGCUCUCUUCGCUCGGUCCUCAGUGGUCCUUGGAGACGUUUCCAGGCCAUCACAUGCACGGCAAUGCGCGGCUGGAGGCCGCUGCAGCAUGCGAUGUUCAUCUGACACUCAUCGGCGCAGCUGUUCUGGUGCACAGUAUUGGCUGUGGGGAGCAAGGGGGCCCCGGCUUUGGUGUGGGGAGAAGGCUGGAGUUGGGGCGGGUGUUUGGGCAUGCACUGGAGCUGCUCCAGGCCUGCCUGCACAGUCUCGGCGCGCUGGCUCCCAUCCAGCGCUGUGGACUACUGGACUCGCUGGCGCGAAAAGGCUGGCGGCACACUGGCCUGGAGCACUCUGUCAUGGAGCGCAUGCAUCAAGGUGCACUGCGGCGCUGCAGUGCUGGUGCCAUCGGUGUAUGGCUACGGGCGCUUGCGACACUCCGGGUGCCUGUGCCCGCAGUGCGGGUUGAUGAGGCCUUGUCGAUGUUGAGGCCAAAGAAGCUUCCUCUGGCAGCUGCCGCCCCGCUUCUUCGAUCCAUGUUGUUGCUGGAGCCAGCAGAGCCGGCAGAGCAGACAAGAGAGCCGGGCUUUCGACGAUUGCCAGGGCUACUGGGAAAUGUGUUGCACGACUUUGUCUCACCAGCCUUCACAGUGCAGGAGCCAAGGGCAAGCCAGAUUCAAGCCACUCUGUGCGACAUCGCCUGGUUGUUGAAGCACAGCCCACCGCGCUGGUGGCACGUGCAGCUUUCUCCUCGAGAAGAGGCCAUCUUGGAGCUGGCCUCCCAGACGACCUCCGCCCAGCCACUGCCGGGGAUUUCGGCAGAGGUGGAGGCCGAGGUUGCGGCGGCCUUCGGCCGUUUGGGGUGCAGGCCGGAGCAGGGGAAGCGUGUGCAGCACAUGCGGCUUCCACUCAGCCUCCCUGAUUUGAAAACGGUGGUGCUGUGUUUGCAGCCCGCUGGACUUUUAGAGGACCUCGAAGAAGGAUCCAACUGUAUGCAUCCGCUGGUCGAGAUGCGAAGGCGGCAGCUGGAACAGCUGGGCUGGCGAGUCGAGUUCAUUCUGGAGUCAGAGUGGCCUCACACGGAGGCGGCUGAGGCAAAGUUUCUGCAACAAGAGGUGCUGCUGCGACGAAAGCUGGCAGGUGCCUUGCAGGCUGGCGUGCCAGCCAGACGAAGGCGUCAUUCUGGGAGAUCCAGCUCUUCCGAGGCCCGGAGUUUGUCGAGCAGAGCCCAUUCGACAUGCACCAAGUCUAUGAGGAUGCCGUGGGGGAAGAAGCCGCUGAUCGCAUUGGGGUUCCCCUUAGCACUUGGGAGAGCUGCCUUCAGGAGUCGACGUGCCUCACGCCGAUCUUCUUCGUCCUGUUCCCAGGCUGGGGCCUCAGCUCCACCUGCUUUGCAGAUGUGCUGGUACUCGCCGCUGGAAGCCUGCACAACAUCUCUAUGGGCCAGGGACAAGAGAACGCCCGGGACUGUGCUGCUCUUGUCGACCUACUGGUACCUCCUGGUUCAUGUUGCCAUCAACGCCAUCAACAAGUGCGCACGUGAUGGGCACUGGGUGGUGCUGCAGAACAUCCACCUCAUGCAGGCAGAAUGGCUGAAGCAGCUGGAACGGUCAUUGGAGCUGAUUGAGGAGUUCGUCCAUCCAAACUUUCGGCCGCAAGCCCAGCAGCAGAGUGCCACAGACGAUCGUGGAUUCACGAUCAGAAAUGCUGCAGCCGUAGUCUUUGCUUUGGGGCUUUUGCCCAGGUGUGUUCUCACCUCGGAGCCUCCCAGCGCACUUCAGGGGCCGCUCUGGCCGCUGCUGCCGGAGGCCUCUUCCCUGCUCCAGGGGUUUCAUUUUCGUUUGCAGAUACAGGAAAAGUGGGGUUCAUGA